AUGAAGUUUGGGAACAACCUCCACCAUCUUUCCAUACCCGAAUGGCGCUCCUAUAACAUCGACUACAAUGACCUCAAGGCCCAGAUCCGUGCCAUUACCCAGGGCAAGCCCGAUGGCCUCGUGCCGUUGCGCCAGAGCUUCCUCGACAACUUCGACUACAUCAACUUGUUUGUACAGACAAAGCACGGUGAGCUUGUGCGAAAGGUGCAGUACUUCCAGGUACUCUUCCGGCAGGUGGCGUCAGUAGCGUCAUCGUACGACGCCAGCGACGCAGCCUCCGGCAGCCCCAGCACGCGCCAGGAGCUCCGCAUGGUGUUGUACGACAUGGACGAGAUCUUUUACGGCGCCAUCGACAUAUCCGUCGUGUUGAAAAACCUCUCUAAAUUCAUCCUCAUCCAGAAGAUCGCUGUCAAGAAAAUCAUGAAAAAGUUCUUGAAGUAUUACACGGCCGACCCCGACCUCGCUGCCAGCUUCGUGUUCGGCCUCAAGGAAUCGCUUUUCCAGAAUCCUGCCUCCUUCAUCAACUUCGACCUUUCAGGACUCACAAAACAGUUGACAGACUUCAUGAAGGAAAUCAAGCAGGAGCAGAAGCUGAUCACAGCCAAGCUCAACGGCACGUCUGUUCAUGACGACGUUCUGGUGCCCAAGUCCCAGCCUCCAGCCUCCCACCAGCACCAAAAACCCGUUUCCUCGGAGUCUAAAUUCGACAUGACCAUCUUUUUGAAAAAGAACUUCAAUCUUCACUUCCUCCUUCCCAGCGACACCAAUAACCUCAUCGAGUUAGUGCUCAACCUCAACAUCACCCUCAACUUCAAGGGCAACAACGAGGAGUCGUCGGAUCUCUCCUUUCUCUUUCUCACCAACGACAACGACCUCCACGCCGAGCCUUCCUACAUCAUUUCCCAGAAAAACCUCUCGUACUCCACCAUAAUUGCUCACACGGGUGGCUUGCGCAAGCACGCCUACUGUGUGCUUCCUAAUAACGUGGUGCAGCUUCUUUUGGACCACCUCUUGAACAAAGACGACCCUGUGAGCCUGAAGAAGUUGGCAUCGUACUUCGACCUGUCCACCAGUCCCUUGACCAAGAUCACGUUGGACGCCAUCCUUUCCAAGGACUUGAAGCCAUCCAUGAAGCUCGUCUGCAAGCGAUUGAGAUACAUCUUGAAAAAGAACCACGAGGAAGAAGAGCACCAAGAAAUCGAGCAACAAGAGAACAUCCGCAAGGAUUCCAUCGAUAACGCUGUAACCUACGACGACGAGCCUCCACGGGUGGACCAGAUUUCCCUCGCUCCAUCUUCGGACACGAAACAAUACCAAGACGACUACUACAUCACUUUGGACCACGACAUAUACACCACUGACGACCCCCAGUUGACCUCCAACAUUCAGUUCCACGAACCAUCCAGUUCUGCAUUCACAAAAUUCGAUAGAUUUCCCCAUAACCACCUUUCAUUUUAUUCGAACGACUCCAACCUCAGCAAUUUCGAACACUCGAUGGAAACAUCCGUAGACUCCAAGAACGGCAUUGUUUCCACCACCUACCCGGCCACCAAGUUCCGCAAGCUCCCUACCAAGAUUCAGAACAUCAUCUCCACCAAUAACUCCUUGAAUAUGUUCAAGAGUUUGAGUUUCUACCAGUACAUGAUCUCGUGCUAUUACAAUGCCUUCCCUAGAGGGGACUUUGGCAAUAACCACUACUCCAAGUUGUUGAACCUCAACUUGUUGAAGAGCUUUGAGAACGUGCAAAAGUUCAACAACCAGCUCAACGUGGAUAGCAAGCUCAAGAGAAACUUGUCGAUGAAAUCGUUGGCUUCAGCAGGAGCCAUGGCAGGAGCCACGGGAAACGAGCUCAAGAGACCUCCUCCUCUUGUGAACAGAAAUUCCACCAUCAGUGUGGUUUCAAAUUACUCCAUUCCUUCCAUUUUUACCGACCGUGAAGAAGAAGAUGACGACGACACAAAAAUGCUCCAGUUUUAUGAUCAAAGUCCACUCAAGCUAGACAAGGACGUUGACGAAGACUAUUAUUCGUUAUAUGUCAAAUUAAACGAGGAGUACGACCACGAGUCAUCUCUCUUCAACACGUUUAUGUUGAAGUCACAUAAGCUUAAAAGAAAGUUGGUGACCAACAUCGGUAAAAUCUUUGAUGGCCGGGAAAAGGAACCCAUUUUACCUCAAUAUUACAGUAGCAGCCAUGAUGGCAAGACGAAAUACGGAUAUGGGAAUACCGAGGGCGAGUACCUCAUUAAUGAGAACCCUUACAGCAACUACGACUCCAUCAACGAGGAGCCACCCAGCUUCCUUGAUCGGAAUCGUUUCAUCAACAUUCACAAAGAGUACGAGUUCGAAUACGACCAAACAUUAGCAUACAUUUACUUUUGCCUCAACUUGAUCUGCAUUUUCCUCAGUGGAAUUGAGUUAGGUAUAGUAUAUUCAAUUUUCAUGGACAUGGAUAUACCAAGCAACGAGUCCCAGUUCACUAUCGCCAAUAAUUUAUGGUUAAUUUUGGUGUUGCCCAAAACGCAACCAGCCGCAGCCAUGUCCCAAUUCAACCCAGAAGACUUCAAAAAGUACGCUAACUACCUCGUCACCGAGGUGGAGGAAGGCGUCGUACACCUCCAGUUGAACAACACAAAGAGAUUGAAUGCGUUCUCCGAGCAAUUCUGGAGAGACUACCACGAAAUCUUCGUCAAGCUCGACCAGCUCGAGUCCACCAAAGUGAUCUUGGUAUCAUCCUCUGUCCCUCGUGCGUUCACCACUGGCUUGGACCUCAAAUCUGCCAUGGCAGAAAUGGCACUGUACUCCGGAUUAUCUCCUCUGGAAAGACAGGCUGCGUUGAAGAAGCACAUCGAAGACUUCCAGUACUGCGUGGGGAUCCCCGCUCGCAUCAGCACUCCCACAAUUGGCCUCUUGAACGGACUCAACUUGGGUUUGGCCUUGGAUCUCGCUGCUUGCUACUCCAUCAGAGUUGCUACCGAGGAUGCCAAGUUCUGUAUAGCCGAAAUCAAAAUCGGCAUUGCUGCCGAUAUCGGCUCCUUGCAGAGGCUUCCAGCCCUCUUCAACAACAAGGGCCAAUUGUUCCAGUACUGCUUGACUGGUGAAACAUUUGGCUCUCAAGAUGGGUUACGGUUGGGCUAUGUCACCAAAGUCGUGCCAGACUUAAAAUCUGGGGUUGAGUACAUCAAGGAGCUUGCCUCCAACAUCAGCCCCUACCAGGGCUGGGCCAUCAGAGGUACCAAGAAGUGUAUCCAGGACAUUUUGGACGGUCAAUCUGUCGAGGAGGGCUUGAAGUUUGUUGCCGACUACAACUCCAAGAACAUUCCUGACACCUUUGCCAAAAAGCCUGCCAAGUUGUAG